UCUUAAUGAAGCAAGAAAUCACGUGGGGAAAACAAAACAAAGUCAGAGAGGAGCACUGAAAUUUCCCCCCUCCAGUUUUCUUUCUUUCUUUCCCAAAAUUUCCAGAAAUUUUUUUGGAAAGUUAUUAGUUACCUGUCAGCACCGAGACUUCUCAGCUUUUCCCUUGUCACAAGACUCACUACGACCGAUUGGUUCGUUAAUGGCAGAGGCCUUCGACAGUUUGACUCGCACCACCUUCAUCUUCGACCCUUCGAAGCAACACGAAGCCAGCAGCAGCCGUUUGUCUUGACCAAUUAACCCUUCGAAUCAGUACAAAACCUGCAGGAACCCUUCGUCUUCGACCCUUUGAAGUUCGAACCAGCACAAGGCUUUCGUCUUCAACCCUUCGAACCGUCUGGAGCUCUUCAUCUUCGAGCCUUCAAACCAGCAGGAGCCCUUUGUCUUCAAGGUUCAUGCCUUCCAAACAAAAUCUGCAGCUCUGCUUACAGAGAUCAAGUGGUCUACUUUCAGAAUUUUGUUUAUGGUCAUAUUUUAAUUAGAGAAGGUAACCUCCAAAGAAAUUGAAAGACGGCAAACUAAUGCAUGAGCCUCCUGCCAAGCUGGGGAGGGUGGUCUGAUGUGUGCUGCCUUAUCUCUACAUGCAGAGAGAUUUUGCAUGGUGACACUUUGAACAUCUGCAUUUCUUGUGCUGAAAGAACUUAAUCAUCAUUUUCUGCUUAAUAUACUGAAGUCACUUUUGGGAUGCAUAUGCGAAUAAAGAAGUUCUACACAGUGCAAUUAUUUGGUGGAUGGAUGCGUUUAUUGGGGUUCAUAUAUGACUGCUGAUGGAAGAAGUUUGUCUCAACAGGGAGCCAGUAUUUGAAGAAAGCGAUGAGUAUGAUGUGCAAGGAGAUGGCCAUGUGGUGGAACAUGACGAUGAAACAGUUGGAACACUGACAAAGAAGGAACCCCCACCACCUACUGUUGGUUUGGAAUUUGAUUCGUUUGAGGAAGCUUAUGAUUUUUACAAUUUCUAUGGUAAGCAGCAGGGUUUUGGCAUCAGAGUAAGCAAUUCGUGGUUUAGAUCAAAGAGGAAGGAACGAUAUAGGGCAAAACUCAGCUGCAGUAGUGCUGGGUUCAAGAAAAAGAGCGAAGCAAACCACCCGAGGCCAGAAACAAGAACUGGUUGCCCAGCAAUGAUAGUUAUUAGGCUGGUGGACUCUAAGCGAUGGAGAAUAGUGGAAGUAGAACUGGAACACAACCAUCCACUAAAUCCACAGAUCAAAAGAUUUUUCAAGUCACAUAAGAGAAUGAUUCUUGCAGCCAAAAAAGCACAGCGGCCACAACAGCCUGUUAUGGAAGUACAUACUAUUAAGUUGUAUCGAACAGCUGUUGUGGAUAUUGGGUGUGAUGGUUGCUCAGAUGUUGACAAAAAAGAGAGUACAAAUUCUGUGGAUCACUCAAAGCACUUGGAACUUAAAGGAGAUGCACAUGCAGUUUAUAACUACUUUUGUCGCAUGAAGUUGACAAAUCCAAAUUUCUUUUAUUUGAUGGAUUUUGAUGACGAAGGGCAUCUGAGAAAUGUGUUUUGGGCCGAUGCCAGGUCUAGGGCUGCAUACAAUUACUUCUGUGACACAGUUGCAAUUGACACAAGCAGCUUAACAAACAAGUAUGAGAUCCCAUUGAUUUUAUUUGUUGGAGUAAACCACCAUGGACAGUCUGUACUACUGGGCUGUGGCUUCAUUGGGCACGAGUCAGUUGAGUAUUUUGUCUGGAUUUUUAGGGCAUGGCUUACCUGUAUGCUAGGGCACCCUCCACGCGUUAUUAUCACAGAUCGGUGCAAGCCCUUGCAAAGUGCAGUUUCUGAGGUGUUCCCAGGAGCUUGUCAUUGUUAUUGUUUGUGGUAUAUCAUGCAAAGAGUUCCAGAGAAAUUGGGAGGAUUGAAUGGAUACGAAGAAAUUAAAAGGCAACUGAAUAAAGCAGUCUAUGACUCAUUAAAGAUAGCUGAGUUUGAAACUUCUUGGAGCAGCAUGAUCAAAAGGCAUGGGCUUGGGGAUAAUAAAUGGCUUCAGUCAUUAUAUGAAGAUAGGCAACAAUGGGUUCCAGUUUACUUGAAAGACACAUUUUUUGCAGGAAUGAUCUCCAUCCAAGAAAAUGAGGGUUUGGAUGCAUUCUUUGAUGGUUAUGUACAUAAACACACAUCUUUUAAAGAAUUUGUUGAUAAGUAUGAUCUAGCUCUACAUAGGAAGCAUCUGAAGGAAGCCAUGGCAGAUAUGGAGUCGAGAAAUUCCAGCUUUGAUUUGAAAACAAGAUGUAAUUUUGAGGUGCAGCUCUCUAAGGUGUACACAAAAGACAUUUUUAGGAAGUUUCAAUCUGAAGUUGAGGGGAUGUACUCUUGCUUUAACACGAAGCAAGUGAGUGUAAAUGGCCCCAUCAUUACAUACAUUGUUAAAGAACGAGUUCAAGUUGAGGGAAAUGAGAAAGAAGUUAGGUAUUAUGAGGUUUUGUAUGAAACAACUCAGGCAGAUAUUCGUUGCAUUUGCAGUUUGUUCAACUAUAAGGGUUACUUGUGCAGGCAUGCAUUGAACGUCCUCAAUUACAAUGGUGUGGAGGAAAUCCCCUCUCGUUACAUUUUGCCACGGUGGAAUCGAGAUUUUAGGUGUAGGUAUCCUCAGGAUCAUGGCUCCAGUGAUGUUGAUUUGAAUAAUCCUGUGCAUUUGUAUAGUCAACUGUAUAAACGUGCAAUACAGAUUGUUGAAGAAGGGGCCCAAUCUCGGGAACAUUAUAAGGUUGCAUUUCAAGAUUUGCAGGAGUUAUUGAACAGGUUUAAUCUUGUAGAUGAUAACUUAUUGUAAUGUGGAAUGUUAAGUUGCCCAAUCCAAUGUAAGUUGGCAAGAAGUAUAUGUAUGUUAUAUGAAA